AUGCCUGAGUUCAAGCCUGAUUUUAAGUCCUUUUCCAACUUGAAGGACAAGGUUGUUGUCUUAACUGGAGGAGCAAAUGGAAUCGGAGAAAAAAUUGUCACGUCUCUCUACAAAAUAGGGGCUCAUGUAGUUUUCUUUGAUAUCGAGGGACCGACUUGCGAGGCUGUGGUGCAUCGCUUAAAAAGCGAAAUUUCAUCCUCUGGAAGUCUAGACUAUGUGGUGGGAGACAUUACCAAGUACAACGACGUACUUGCUCUUUUCCAGCGUGCAUUUGAGAAACAUGGUCAGGUUGAUCAUGCUCUCUGCAUUGCCGGAAUUACCGAAGCAAGAGACAAGAAUUGGUUCGAUGAGAAGUUGGAUCUUCACGGUGUCACAGAAGCCCCGUCAACAGCCAUUGUGGAUGUCAAUCUGACCGGAACGCUUUACUUCACCCGUAUUGCAUCGGUAUAUCUACGCCAAGGCAACGAAGACCGGACCAAGGACAAAUCUAUCUGUCUUCUCGGCUCGGUCGCUUCUUUCAAAGAGCAAGCGGGUCUCUUCGUUUACCAACCCGCCAAACAUGGGGUUCUGGGCUUGGUCCGUUCAACACGGAAAUUCUUCCACCAUCAUCAUGGUAUCCGAAUCAAUGUCGUCUGCCCUUCUAUGACAAAUACUAGGAUGGCAACUCCUGUCAUGCGGCUCUGGGAAGAAUACGGAGUUGCAGGGAACGAACCGCAGGAGAUUGCGGACUAUGUUUUGACUUUGUCAGGCACACGUAGCUCUCCUUACGUGGGUAACAUUUUUGGAUUGUGUGUCUUUGUUGAAGCUGGAAAGGGUUGGGAAAUUGAGAAAGAUUUGGAUAAAUGCUCUGCAGAAUGGAUAGGAGCAGAGAUGGCAGAGAACGCGCUGAAGAUUGAGGCGGCCUUGGGCAAUGGGUCGGCGUGGUCAAACCCUCAAGUGUAA